GGGGCGUUUGAGCGCACCCCAUUCCCCCGUGACCCGGCCUGCGAGGGGCGUGGCGCCCUUGGGAAUGCUUGAGCCGGAAUGUGAGGGCUAUGGGCAGUUCUCGGCGGGGGAUGGGGGAGGGGUGCUACAAAGGGAGUCCGUGUUGGAGCCUGUGUGGCGGUAAAGGACAGUGGAGGACACUUUGCGGGACCCUUGUGCUGGGUUGUGGUUAGGGGACUCCCCAAGAUCCCUGUCCCCAAGCUGCAGCGACUGAACUUUCAUUGGAGCCAAAGCCUUGGGAAGGCAGGCCAGCCACCAUGUCCACGUUCAGGCAGGAAGACGUGGAGGAUCACUAUGAAAUGGGGGAGGAGCUGGGCAGUGGCCAAUUUGCCAUUGUGCGGAAGUGCCGGCAGAAGGGCACAGGGAAAGAGUACGCAGCUAAGUUCAUCAAGAAGCGCCGUCUGUCGUCCAGUCGGCGGGGCGUCAGCCGGGAGGAGAUCGAGCGGGAGGUGAGCAUCCUGCGAGAGAUCCGGCACCCCAACAUCAUCACACUGCAUGACGUGUUCGAGAAUAAGACAGACGUGGUGCUCAUCCUGGAGCUCGUGUCAGGUGGGGAGCUCUUCGACUUCCUGGCUGAGAAGGAGUCACUGACUGAGGAUGAGGCCACCCAGUUCCUCAAGCAGAUCCUUGACGGUGUCCACUACCUGCACUCCAAGCGCAUUGCCCACUUUGACCUCAAGCCAGAGAACAUCAUGCUGCUGGAUAAGAGCGCGCCCAGCCCACGGAUCAAGCUCAUCGACUUCGGCAUCGCCCACAAGAUCGAGGCUGGGAGCGAGUUCAAGAACAUCUUCGGUACCCCGGAGUUCGUGGCUCCUGAGAUUGUUAACUACGAGCCCCUGGGGCUAGAGGCAGACAUGUGGAGCAUUGGCGUCAUCACCUACAUCCUCCUCAGUGGUGCAUCCCCAUUCCUGGGUGAGACCAAGCAGGAGACCCUGACCAACAUCUCGGCUGUGAACUACGACUUUGAUGAGGAGUACUUUAGCAGCACCAGUGAGCUGGCCAAGGACUUUAUCCGCCGGCUGCUUGUCAAAGACCCCAAGAGGAGGAUGACUAUUGCCCAGAGCCUGGAACAUUCCUGGAUCAAGGCCAUCCGGCGGCGGAAUGUGCGUGGUGAGGACGGUGGCCGGAAGCCCGAGCGGCGGCGCCUGAAGACGGCCCGGCUGAAGGAAUACACCAUCAAGUCACACUCGAGUCUGCCGCCCAACAACUCCUACGUCAGCUUCGAGCGCUUCUCCAAGGUGCUGGAGGAGGUGGCUGCGGCCGAGGAUGGCCUGCGUGAGCUGGAGCGUGGCCGGCGUCUGUGCCGCGAGGACGUGGAGGCGCUGACCGCCAUCUAUGAGGAGAAGGAGGCCUGGUACCGGGAGGAGAGUGACAGCAUCGGGCAGGACCUGCGGCGGCUGCGGCAGGAGUUGCAUAGGACCGAGGCGCUGCAGCGGCAGGCGCAGGAGGAAGCCCGGGGCGCCCUGCUGGGGGCCGGUGGGCUCAAACGCCGCUUCAGCCGCCUGGAGAACCGCUACGAGGCCCUGGCCAAGCAGGUGGCCUCCGAGGUGCGCUUCGUGCAGGACUUGGUGCGCGCCCUGGAGCAGGAGCGGCUGCAGGGUGGCGAGUGCAGCCUCCGCUAGGCCCGUGUGGUGGGGACACCUCCUGUGGGGCUUGGCCUCCUGUGGGUCUCCAGCCCACAUGGAGCCCUGGGCUGGACCCGGGAGUCCAUCACAGCUCUUCUCCCGCAGCUGUGUCCCCAGGGGAGCUGGGCACAGGAGCCCCUGCUGCAGGGUCCCGUUGUUCCCAGGCUACCCUCCUGCAAGCCUCAUGCUACCUGUGCUUCCCCUGGUUGUAGCUCCCCCUGCCAUGGCAACAGAAUUGGCUAUGGCGCACAGGGUGUCCUUGUGCCCUGCUGGCAGUUGAGGUGGCCACCUUCAUGUCCAGCAUGUGGGUCAGGAGGCCUAGGACUGACAGAGCUCCGUAGCCUUGGGUCCCCCACACCGGGCCAGCACAGGAAACCUGGGUGGUUUGUCAGGCUGGGAGUCAGAGACAGCCCUGUGGGCAGGCAGCUCCCUCCCUGUCAGCCCUGCCCACAGACAGCUUACCCAACCCCAUUGGGCACCAGCGAUUGGAUUAAGCAGGGACUGCCCUCGAGGCUGUGGCAUGGGGACAUUGGCAAGUAGUGGUUUCUUGUCAACUUGAGGCCCAAGGAUCCUGCCUGUGGUGGAGCUACAGGGCAGCCCUGGUCACCUCGGGCUCUGGAAGCUCCUGAGGAGCCUCUAGUGAUACCAUCGUCAGCCUCUUGACAGUGCGUGUGUCCCAGAUGCCAAAGCCAUCACCCUACCCCGAAUGCCCACUGGCUGCCGCCCCCUUCAGGGCACCACGCGCUCCUGCCUCUGCCACCAUUGUCAGCACCCUUAGGACCUGCCUGCUCCUAGCCAGUGCCCCUAGAAGGGGACAAGUUUCCCCUAGGCCUUACUGCCAGCAUGGGGGUUCUGCUCCCAGGAGCACCAGUUUUCUCAGCCUGCUGGGCCCAGCUGCCCUAAGACAGAAACCUGCUCACCUCUGCCUUGCUGUGUCCCAGACCUACCUGGCCAGGAGCCCUCUCUCUAGGAGGAAAUGCUGGGCACCUGUAGGUGCUGCCUUUGGGUUUGAUAGCAGGACAGUGUUCACCUGUUCCUGCCAUGGCUGGAGCUGGGCCUGGGCUUCCCUUGGCUGUGGGGUCUUCAGCCACUAUCUCCCAGCCCCCUUGGGGUUGAGGCCUGUCCCUAUGGAUGGUGGGGCUCUGCCAAAUGCCCCUUGCACCUCCCUCGACGUGUGUGUGCAACUGUACAGGCCAAAAGGAAUAAAGCCGCCUCCUGACUUGUGGGUGGCUCACACAUGUUCCUGGCUCCCACGUUGGAGAGCAAUCAGACACCGUGAUCUCCAUGCCUUUGCACUUCUUUUCCACUGUGCUCAAGAAAAGCAAACUGCAGGCCGAAGCUGUCCGCAGCUCUGCCCAGUGCUCCAGCCCCACACGAAGCUGAGGGGCAGGUCCUGGGGCUGGGGGCGCUGCUACCUGCAAUGCUGUGCAGCUCAGCCCCUCCAGGGGCCCUGCUGGCCUUCACGCCUUUCCUGCAUGACAUUCUGAGCCUCACUGCUUGUCAUGCCUGUUAGCUUCCUUACACGAAGGACAGGUUUUACCCUUCAAAAAAGUUCCGCAUGUGCUUCAUGCCUGUAACCAGCUAUCUGGGAGGUGGAGAUCAGGAGGAUCGUGGUUCCAGGCCAGCUUGGAAAUGUGAGACCCUCAUCUCGGCCAGUAAAAAAAGCUGGCUGUGGUGCACACUUGUCACCCCAGCUUUGCAGAAGGAUCUCCGUCCAGGCUAGCUUGGGCAUAUAGUGAGACCCUACCUCAAAAAUAACCAAGGCAAAAAGGGCCGGGGGCCGGUGCACCUGGCAAGUUCAAACUCCAGUUCUGCCAAGAAAGUAAACCCAGGCCCCUGGCACACACUACAAGCCUGUGGAGUGAGUCUUCUGGACCUGCCUCUGCCCACCUCUUCCAGGCUCAUGUCUUCCAUAUUAAGCAGAAAGGGCAAACCCUGCUGGUGACAGGGAGGGACACCUUAUAGCUCACGUCACCUGCCUUUAUGACAGAGCAGCAGGAGGUCCUGCUUGCGAUCCAGCUCAUCCCUCUCCCCUCGCAAACAUGCACAGCAGACUCGGGAGUCGGGGCAGGGGCUGUCUGCCACCCACCAGGCUUUUUGCUGGGAGCUGGAGUUAAAUCCACCACCCACCUCCCCCACCCCAGCUAAGAUAUAUUUCUGCUCUUAGCUUUGUUCAGUUUUCGUUUGGCGGUGAAUGAAAUAGCAAAAGCCAAAGUUUAAGGUCUAGAGUAGCCAUAACUAUCUUGCGCUUAACACUCCACAGGCAGGGGGCGUUUUCCCGGUUUG